AUGGCCAGCACCGCGGUGCAGCUGCUGGGCUUCCUGCUCGGCUUCCUGGGCCUGGUGGGCACGCUCAUCACCACGCUGCUGCCGCACUGGCGCCGCACGGCGCACGUGGGCACCAACAUCCUGACGGCCGUGUCCUACCUGAAGGGGCUGUGGAUGGAGUGCGUGUGGCACAGCACGGGCAUCUACCAGUGCCAGAUCUACCGCUCGCUGCUGGCGCUGCCCCGCGACCUGCAGGCGGCCCGCGCGCUCAUGGUCAUCUCGUGCCUGCUGGCCGGCGUGGCCUGCGCCUGUGCCGUCGUGGGCAUGAAGUGCACGCGCUGCGCCAAGGGCUCCCCCGCCAAGGCCGCGUCGGCCGCGCUGGGCGGCGCGCUCUUCCUGCUGGCCGGCCUGCUCUGCCUGGCCGCCGUGGCCUGGACCACCAGCGACGUGGUGCGCAGCUUCUACAACCCGCUGCUGCCCAGCAGCUUGAAGUUCGAGCUCGGGCAGGCCCUGUACCUCGGCUUCAUCUCCGCGGCCCUCUCGCUCAUCGGCGGCACCCUGCUCUGCCUGUCCUGCCAGGACGAGGUGCCCUCCCGGCCCUACCCGCGCGCCCCUCGGGCCGCCACGGCCACUGCCCCCGCCUACUGGCCCCCCACCGCCUACAAGGACAACCGCGCCCCCUCGGCCACCUCAGCCGCGCACAGCGGGUACCGGCUGAAUGACUACGUGUGA